CGGCGGACACUCGGGGCUGAAGAUGCUCCCGGAACACAGGCGUGCAAGCCACAGAGAUGAGAUAGGGUGUCACCUCUGCUUUCUCUGGCAGACACAGCUGGUGUCAGAAGUCAGUGCCCUGCGAAGCUGCUCCCAGGGCAACACCCAGGGUGGUCACCAAGCUCAGAAGCAGCUGCAGCCGCAGGGGCUCCACCCACCCCAGGAGGAGCAGCCUCUGGGUCUCACCUUUCACUAGGUGAACCCUACAUGUCCUGGGGACACGGAGGAAGGUUCCCCUCGGGUUUGGGAAGCGUGCAUGUCAGGCAGCUCUGGAAGCUGCAUUAGCUCUUCCUUCUGGGGGUGCUGGGAGGGAAGUGAAUGCAGGGGUGGGUGAAGCCCCAAGAGUGCGGAUUCCAGUGUGGUGAACUGAUUCCAUUCCUGCAGAGCGGAGGGUGCAGGCACCAUCACCGAGGAAGGCAGCUGGCCACCGGCCACGGCUCUGCGGCUCACUGCGCGUGCCCUUGGUGAGCCAGGUUCGUGGACCACAGGACCUCUCUGACAUGGCUUCCAGCACAGACACCCCAAGCAGCAUCUCCCACAAUACCAGCUUCUGCCUUCCUCAUCACCUACCCCGGGAAGCCAGUGUGAUACUCUGUCUGUUCUACACAGUCCUCCUGGUCUUCAGCACCCUGGGAAAUACACUUGCCCUCUUCCUUGCCUGUCAAAAGGACAAGAAGAUCAACUCAACCGGAGUCUACUUGGUCCACCUGGCAGUGUCCGACCUUCUGUUCACACUGGCUCUGCCUGGGAAGAUCACCUACUACGCGCUGGACUUUAGCUGGCCUUUCGGGGAAGGGCUCUGCAGGCUGACGGCGUUCAUAUUCUACAUGAACACCUAUGGGGGGAUCUACCUCAUGACAUGCGUGAGCGUGGACCGCUACCUGGCUGUGGUCCGCACCCACCAGCGCCCCCGGCUCCGCAGUGCCAACCGAGCAAGGCUGGUCUGCAUGGCCGUCUGGGCCCUGGCGGGCCUGCAGACGGUGCCCCUGCUCUUCAUAACCAUGACUGGGCCUGUGGCAGGCAAGGUCACCUGCAUGGAGUAUGCCAGCGUUGAGAAGGUCUUCAGGCUGUCCCUCAUCAUUCUGGGGGCUUGUGUCGUGAGCUUCUGGGGGCCACUGGGGGUCAUGCUAUUUUGUUACGUGAAGAUCACAGUGAAACUGUGCAGGACGGCCCGGGACAACCCUCUGACAAGUGAGAAAGGGCACCACCGGCGGGCCUGCCUGCUCACGCUGGUGGUGCUGGUUGCUGUGGUGCUGUGCUUCAGCCCCUACCACCUCAACAUCGCCCAGUUCAUGGUGAGGCAGAUGCUCUACCUGCCAUCCUGCCCCGAGCAGAGUGCCUUCAAAGUGUCCCUGCAGCUCACCGUGUCCCUCAUGAACAUGAACUGCGCCAUCGACCCCCUCAUUUACUUCUUUGCAUCUACACGUUACAGGGAAUGGCUCCUCGGCAUUUUAAAACUCAGAGUGUCAGCAUCCUCUUCUUCCCCGACGAGAACUUCCUCAGAAACACAAAGUACCACCAGGCUGGAGGCUCCGCCCUUAGAGGAGAAUGAAGUCUAAUGGCUCUAAAACUGCAUCCAGGGAGCAGUUCGGGGUUGGGGGCCUGAUGUGUAUAUAAUGUG